CCAAGGGAGGGCAGCGCGGACUCCCUCGCGGGCCCCCAGGUGACCCCGGCGCCUUGGCCAUCUUCCUCUUUCCCUUCCUCCCCCAGAGAGGCCGCCACGUGGUCCCAAAGCACACACGACCCCCGCCCCUUUUCAGCCCCAAGCCCCGCCCCACCGCAAGCAGCCGGCGGAGAGAAGGAGGGAGGGGGCCGCUUCUAGCCGCGGGACGAGUUUCAAAGCCUCGCUUUCUACUGAAAGAAAGUUUCCAAACCGCCCCCCCCCGCCCCACUCCAAACCAUCCAGGAUGAGGAUCGCCACUUUUCCCCCUGUGGGGGGCACUUGUGCCUUUAAACCAGGCAAAAGCGCAACAGGUGCAGCGCACAGCUCUUGGCAUGGGAGAGCCAGUAUUAUGGUUAGAAAGUGCCGAUCUACUAUAAACUGUCUCAGCUUCUUGGAAGUAAAGGCAGAAGAUCCAGGAGGUGGACUCUGGGUGUCAAAAACCUCCAUCCCACAACAAGGAAAUCCUUUGAUUUUUAAUAUGGUUGGAGGCUGCCUUGGCGCACGAAUGGAAGAUGGGAAGGAAGACCCAGCGAGCUGCGAAGCAGGAGAAGGCCCUGAGGCCGGACAAGUGGAGAGCUCUGGGGAAUUCUGGGAAAGGGCCAAGCAGAAGAUGCUGGUUGUUGAGGACCUCAUGAGUUCUGAGGACCAGCGCCUCUGCUUCAGGCAGUUCCGCUACCAGCCGGCCGAGGGGCCCCGAGCAGUUUGCAGCCAACUCCACAGCCUUUGCCAGCAGUGGCUGAAGCCAGGGAGACACACAAAAGCUCAGAUUCUGGACCUGGUGACUCUGGAGCAGUUCUUGAGCAUCCUGCCCCCAGAGCUGGAGAUCUGGAUCAGAGAGUGUGGAGCGGAGACCAGUUCCCAGGCAGUGGCCCUGGCAGAAGGUUUCCUCCUGAGCCAGGCGGAGGACAAGAGGCAGGAAGAACAGCAGGUGCAAGGACUGUUGUUGGAAGUGGGCCCUGACGUCCCUGAUGCUGAGAAGGCUCCAUCAGGCACCAGGCAGAGGCCAAGGUCCAAGGAGAUCCCCCAGAAGGGCAGCAGUGGGGCCAACUUGCUGGGUGCUGGAAUGACGCUGCCAAUGCAUUCUCAGCCCUCACUUCUGCCAGGUGGGACGGAAGAUGCUUCAAGACCACCGAAGAAGGGCCAGGUGACCUUUGAGGAGGUGGCUGUGCAUUUCACGGAAGAGGAGUGGGCUCUGCUGGAUCUGGACCAGAGAACCCUGCACAGGGAAGUCAUGCGGGAGAAUAGGAGGAAUGUGGCCUCUCUGGCAGACGAGAGUGGGGAGAGGAAUACGGAGGGAAUUUGCAAUGGAGGAUUGUUGGUUGAUGUCAGCUGGAAAAUAAGAGGGAAACGGAGAAGGAACACUGAAGCAAAACAGAAGAAGAGGAAUGGAUCUUCUGUUUCGUAUCAUGGAGAAAUCCAUGAACCAAGUUUUCAACCUCAGUGGGAAAUGAACAUAGGAGAGAACCCAUAUCAAUGCUUGGAGUGUGGAAAGAGCUUGAGUGAGAACAGAACACUUACUAUACAUCAAAGAACCAAUACUAGAGAGAAACCAUAUAAAUGCUUGGAGUGUAGAAAGAGCAUCAUUUCCAAAACAAACUUUACUAGACAUCAAAAAGCCCAUACUGGAGAGAAUCCAUAUCAAGGCUUGGAAUGUGGAAAGAGCUUCAGUCGUAGCGACGAACUUAUUAGCCAUCAAAGAACACAUACAGGGGAGAAACCAUAUAAAUGCUUGGAGUGUGGAAAAAGUUUCAGUCGGAGCGAGGAACUUACUAGGCAUCAAAGAACCCAUACUGGAGAGAAACCAUAUAAAUGCUUGGAGUGUGGAAAGAGCUUCAGUCAGAGCGGAACACUUAUUAAUCAUCAAAGAAUACAUACAGGGGAGAAACCAUAUAAAUGCUUGGAGUGUGGAAAGUGCUUCAAUAAGAAAGGAAAACUUACUAUUCAUCAAAGAACCCAUACUGGAGAGAAACCAUAUAAAUGCUUGGAAUGUGGAAAAAGCUUCAGUCAGAGUGACGAACUUACUAGCCAUCAAAGAACACAUACAGGGGAAAAACCAUAUAAAUGCCUGGAGUGUGGAAAGUGCUUCAAUAAGAAAGGAAAACUUACUAUUCAUCAAAGAACCCAUACUGGAGAGAAACCAUAUAAGUGCUUGGACUGUGGAAAAAGCUUCAGUCGGAGCGACAAACUUACCGAGCAUCAAAGAACCCAUACUGGAGAGAAACCAUAUAAAUGCUUGGAAUGUGGAAAAAGCUUCAGUCAGAGUGGAACACUUACUAAUCAUCAAAGAAUACAUACAGGGGAGAAACCAUAUAAAUGCUUGGAGUGUGGAAAGUGCUUCAUUUCCCAAACAAACUUUACUAGGCAUCAAAGAACCCAUACUGGAGAGAAACCAUAUGAAUGCUUGGACUGUGGAAUGAGCUUCAGUCAGAGAGAAAAUCUUACUAGCCAUCAAAGAAUACAUACAGGGGAGAAACCAUAUAAAUGCUUGGAGUGUGGAAAGUGCUUCUAUAAGAAAGGAAAACUUACUAUUCAUCAAAGAACCCAUACUGGAGAGAAACCAUAUAAAUGCUUGGAGUGUGGAAAGAGCUUCAGUCAGAGCGGAACACUUACUAUUCAUCAAAGAACCCAUACUGGAGAGAAACCAUAUACAUGCUUGGAAUGUGGAAAAAGCUUCAGUCGGAGCGACAAACUUACCGAGCAUCAAAGAACCCAUACUGGAGAGUAACCAUAUAAAUGCUUGGAGUGUGGAAUGAGCUUCAUUUCCAAAACAAAUUUUACUAGGCAUCAAAGAACCCAUACUGGAGAGAAACCAUAUGAAUGCUUGGAGUGUGGAAAAAGCUUCAGUCAGAGCGGAACACUUACUAGCCAUCAAAGAACACAUACAAGGGAGAAACCAUAUAAAUGCUUGGAGUGUGGAAAGUGCUUUAAUAAGAAAGGAAAACUUACUAGUCAUCAAAGAACCCAUACUGGAGAGAAACCAUAUGAAUGCUUGGACUGUGGAAUGAGCUUCAGUCGGGGCGACGAACUUACUAGGCAUCAAAGAACCCAUACUGGAGAGAAACCAUAUAAAUGCUUGGAGUGUGGAAAGAGCUUCAGUCAGAGUGACGAACUUACUAGCCAUCAAAGAACACAUACAGGGGAAAAACCAUAUAAAUGCCUGGAGUGUGGAAAGUGCUUCAAUAAGAAAGGAAAACUUACUAUUCAUCAAAGAACCCAUACUGGAGAGAAACCAUAUAAGUGCUUGGACUGUGGAAAAAGCUUCAGUCGGAGCGACAAACUUACCGAGCAUCAAAGAACCCAUACUGGAGAGAAACCAUAUAAAUGCUUGGAAUGUGGAAAAAGCUUCAGUCAGAGUGGAACACUUACUAAUCAUCAAAGAAUACAUACAGGGGAGAAACCAUAUAAAUGCUUGGAGUGUGGAAAGUGCUUCUAUAAGAAAGGAAAACUUACUAUUCAUCAAAGAACCCAUACUGGAGAGAAACCAUAUAAAUGCUUGGAGUGUGGAAUGAGCUUCAUUUCCCAAACAAACUUUACUAGGCAUCAAAGAACCCAUACUGGAGAGAAACCAUAUGAAUGCUUGGACUGUGGAAUGAGCUUCAGUCAGAGAGAAAAUCUUACUAGCCAUCAAAGAAUACAUACAGGGGAGAAACCAUAUAAAUGCUUGGAGUGUGGAAAGUGCUUCUAUAAGAAAGGAAAACUUACUAUUCAUCAAAGAACCCAUACUGGAGAGAAACCAUAUAAAUGCUUGGAGUGUGGAAAGAGCUUCAGUCAGAGCGGAACACUUACUAUUCAUCAAAGAACCCAUACUGGAGAGAAACCAUAUACAUGCUUGGAAUGUGGAAAAAGCUUCAGUCGGAGCGACAAACUUACCGAGCAUCAAAGAACCCAUACUGGAGAGUAACCAUAUAAAUGCUUGGAGUGUGGAAUGAGCUUCAUUUCCAAAACAAAUUUUACUAGGCAUCAAAGAACCCAUACUGGAGAGAAACCAUAUGAAUGCUUGGAGUGUGGAAAAAGCUUCAGUCAGAGCGGAACACUUACUAGCCAUCAAAGAACACAUACAAGGGAGAAACCAUAUAAAUGCUUGGAGUGUGGAAAGUGCUUUAAUAAGAAAGGAAAACUUACUAGUCAUCAAAGAACCCAUACUGGAGAGAAACCAUAUGAAUGCUUGGACUGUGGAAUGAGCUUCAGUCGGGGCGACGAACUUACUAGGCAUCAAAGAACCCAUACUGGAGAGAAACCAUAUAAAUGCUUGGAGUGUGGAAAGAGCUUCAGUCGUGGCGACGAACUUACUAGCCAUCAAAGAACACAUACAGGGGAGAAACCAUAUAAAUACUUGGAGUGUGGAAUGAGUUUCAGUAAGAGAGAAAAUCUUACUUCAUCAAAGAACCCAUACUGGAUAUGUGGAAAGAGCUUCAUUCGGAGCAAAAAACCUACUAGCCAUCAAAGUACACAUACAGGGGAGAAACCAUAUAAAUGCUUGGAGUGUGGAAGGAGUUUCAGCAAAAGUGCACACCUCACUUCCCAUCACAGAACCCAUACAAGGGAGAAACCAUAUCAAGCCUACUUUCAAGCAGAAGAUCCAGGAGGUGGACUCUGGGUGUCAAAAACCUUCAUCCCACAACAAGGAAAUCCUUUGAUUUUUAAUAUGGUUGGAGGCUGCCUUGGCGCACGAAUGGAAGAUGGGAAGGAAGACCCAGCGAGCUGCGAAGCAGGAGAAGGCCCUGAGGCCGGACAAGUGGAGAGCUCUGGGGAAUUCUGGGAAAGGGCCAAGCAGAAGAUGCUGGUUGUUGAGGACCUCAUGAGCUCUGGGGACCAGCGCCUCUGCUUCAGGCAGUUCCUCUACCAGCCGGCCGAGGGGCCCCGAGCAGUUUGCAGCCAACUCCACAGCCUUUGCCAGCAGUGGCUGAAGCCAGGGGGACACACAAAAGCUCAGAUUCUGGACCUGGUGACUCUGGAGCAGUUCUUGAGCAUCCUGCCCCCAGAGCUGGAGAUCUGGAUCAGAGAGUGUGGAGCGGAGACCAGUUCCCAGGCAGUGGCCCUGGCAGAAGGUUUCCUCCUGAGCCAGGCGGAGGACAAGAGGCAGGAAGAACAGCAGGUGCAAGGACUGUUGUUGGAAGUGGGCCCUGACGUCCCUGAUGCUGAGAAGGCUCCAUCAGGCACCAGGCAGAGGCCAAGGUCCAAGGAGAUCCCCCAGAAGGGCAGCAGUGGGGCCAACUUGCUGGGUGCUGGAAUGGCGCUGCCAAUGCAUUCUCAGCCCUCACUUCUGCCAGGUGGGACGGAAGAUGCUUCAAGACCACCGAAGAAGGGCCAGGUGACCUUUGAGGAGGUGGCUGUGCAUUUCACGGAAGAGGAGUGGGCUCUGCUGGAUCUGGACCAGAGAACCCUGCACAGGGAAGUCAUGCGGGAGAAUAGGAGGAAUGUGGCCUCUCUGGCAGACGAGAGUGGGGAGAGGAAUACGGAGGGAAUUUGCAAUGGAGGAUUGUUGGUUGAUGUCAGCUGGAAAAUAAGAGGGAAACGGAGAAGGAACACUGAAGCAAAACAGAAGAAGAGGAAUGGAUCUUCUGUUUCGUAUCAUGGAGAAAUCCAUGAACCAAGCUUUCAACCUCAGUGGGAAAUGCACAUAGGAGAGAACCCAUAUCAAUGCUUGGAGUGUGGAAAGAGCUUGAGUGAGAACAGAACACUUACUAUACAUCAAAGAACCAAUACUAGAGAGAAACCAUAUAAAUGCUUGGAGUGUAGAAAGAGCAUCAUUUCCAAAACAAACUUUACUAGACAUCAAAAAGCCCAUACUGGAGAGAAUCCAUAUCAAGGCUUGGAAUGUGGAAAGAGCUUCAGUCGUAGCGACGAACUUAUUAGCCAUCAAAGAACCCAUACUGGAGAGAAACCAUAUAAAUGCUUGGAGUGUGGAAAGAGCUUCAGUCAGAGCGGAACACUUAUUAAUCAUCAAAGAAUACAUACAGGGGAGAAACCAUAUAAAUGCUUGGAGUGUGGAAAGUGCUUCAAUAAGAAAGGAAAACUUACUAUUCAUCAAAGAACCCAUACUGGAGAGAAACCAUAUAAAUGCUUGGAAUGUGGAAAAAGCUUCAGUCAGAGUGACGAACUUACUAGCCAUCAAAGAACACAUACAGGGGAAAAACCAUAUAAAUGCUUGGAGUGUGGAAAGUGCUUCAAUAAGAAAGGAAAACUUACUAUUCAUCAAAGAACCCAUACUGGAGAGAAACCAUAUAAGUGCUUGGACUGUGGAAAAAGCUUCAGUCGGAGCGACAAACUUACCGAGCAUCAAAGAACCCAUACUGGAGAGAAACCAUAUAAAUGCUUGGAAUGUGGAAAAAGCUUCAGUCAGAGUGGAACACUUACUAAUCAUCAAAGAAUACAUACAGGGGAGAAACCAUAUAAAUGCUUGGAGUGUGGAAAGAGCUUCAGUCAGAGCGGAACACUUACUAUUCAUCAAAGAACCCAUGCUGGAGAGAAACCAUAUACAUGCUUUGAAUGUGGAAAAAGCUUCAGUCGGAGCAACAAACUUACCGAGCAUCAAAGAACCCAUACUGGAGAGAAACCAUAUAAAUGCUUGGAGUGUGGAAUGAGCUUCAGUAAGAGAGAAAAUCUUACUAGUCAUCAAAGAACCCAUACAAGGGAGAAACCAUAUUAAUGCUUGGAGUGUGGAAAGUGCUUUAAUAAGAAAGGAAAACUUACUAGUCAUCAAAGAACCCAUACUGGAGAGAAACCAUAUGAAUGCUUGGACUGUGGAAUGAGCUUCAGUCGGAGCGACAAACUUACUAGGCAUCAAAGAACCCAUACUGGAGAGAAACCAUAUAAAUGCUUGGAGUGUGGAAAGAGCUUCAGUCGUGGCGACGAACUUACUAGCCAUCAAAGAACACAUACAGGGGAGAAACCAUAUAAAUACUUGGAGUGUGGAAUGAGUUUCAGUAAGAGAGAAAAUCUUACUUCAUCAAAGAACCCAUACUGGAGAGAAACCAUAUGA